ACUGUUUCUGUUCUGCCCCUUCGGUCUGACUCAGCAGCACCAGUCCUGAUUUAGGCAUGCGAGUUCCUGCAGUGACUCAGCUGGGAGCUUUAAUCAGCAGCUGAAAAACUCUUUGAAGCGAAUGCUUUCUGUAGUGCAGGGAGGUGGGAGGAAGGUCAUCUGCAAAGAAGUGAGGUUGGGUUUCUGAUUCAGUAAUGCUAGGAAGCUGUUAGAAUGUUGGUGGGGCAGCAGAGCCCCUGGAUUUGCUUUAUGGCUGAAUGCUGUAGUUGGUGUUGGCUUCCACACAGGUGCUUACGGUCUGAGUGCUCUGCUGGCCCUUGCUCCAACUCCCGCCCUGCUUUUCCUCCUCUCACUCGGGUGGUAAGCACGUUCUCAUCGCGCAGUAUGUGGUAAGGAGGAAUUUCUGUGAGGGAAUUCUCAGCUCACAAAACACUUGAAAUCGUUCCCGGUAUGAAUUAUCUCGAUUAAAGCCUGGCUUUGAUUUAAGCGUGCUGGUUUUUAUCAAUGAUUUGAUCCCAGAGGCCUUAGCAUUGCAGAACUUGUUGGCUGCAGCCCUUGUCCAGCAGUGCUGUUGCUCAGGCAGGGUUGAGCUCAGCUUGUUGCCUGCGCAGUUCUGGGGCUGGGAAUUGUGCUUCCGUGAGGGGACGAUGCUCGGGUGGGUGAGUGCUGAGCAGUGAGCAGCUGCAGGCUCUGCAGAGGAGUUCGGAGCGCAGCCUGCAUGGUGCAGCCCCAGGUGAAAGGGCAGCUGUGGGCUGUGCAGGUCGCUCUGCUGGGGCUGCAGCCCCGGUGCUGUGGGAGGAGCGGCUUUGUGCUGAGCUGCUGCAGGUACAGCACAGCCAGGACCUCUGCCUGGAACGGCAUCAGAACAGUUCUGUAAUUCAGGGUGUGGGUGAUACUAUCUGGAUUUAAGGCAGGGCUUUGUUGGCUCUUAGAGAAAAACCUUCCCUAGGAGAGGUGCAGCGUAAUCGUACUGGUUUGAUUGGCUGCCUAAAUGCAGCUAACAGAAACAUACCUUAAGUGGGCUUCCACAGCCACCUUCACCAGAAGCUUUUCUGUAAAAGGAAAGAUUUCUCGGAGCAACACUCUAUAUAUUACGUCACAAAGUGGAAGUAUGUGGCUUGACAAUUGUCUGUCACACAGAAACGAGCGGAUGAUUGCUUUUCCUAAUCAGAAAAUCCUGAUUAUUCCGCCAGUGUGAUUUGGUGGCAUCGCUUUGUGGGCAUUCACACGGGGAGGGCUUGAGUCAAUAGUUAGUGCUGCAGAAGCCUGACUGCAGGUGUGGAUGCACGGAUAUUUGGUGCCCAAAUACUACAAGUGAAGAAUUUGUAGCGCUUGGUGUGCUGCUGUCUGUUUUGUUUCUUGUGUUUGCACUUGCUGCACAGUCUGGUGCCUACAGCAUCUGCUGAGCUCACAGCAAAGUCACAGUCUUGCAUCUGUGACACUCCUCAGUUGCCAUAGAAAUGGAAUGCAUUGUAACAAACUGUUGUUUUGACGCUGUCAGAGCAGUGAGAUAGAUGGUGGGCUGGCAAAAGUCAAUGGGAAGAACCCGAAGAGAGAAAUGUGUGCAAGAUGAAGAGAACCAAGAGCCCAGGAGAACGGUGCUGCUGGCGGGUGCUGGCUGUGGAGCUGGCGUGCAGAGACAGCAUGGCGAGUCCUGCGAAGGAUAACUAUCGAAUGAAGUGCUACAAAAACAAAGCCCUAAAUCCUGAGGAAAUGCGUCGGAGGAGGGAAGAGGAAGGAAUUCAGCUGCGCAAACAGAAACGGGAGCAGCAGCUCUUUAAAAGAAGAAACGUGGAAUUAAUCAAUGAAGAUGCAUCCAUGUUUGAUAGCCUCCUUAUGGAUUCCUACGUCAGUUCCACGACGUGUGGGGAGGGAGUGAUCACAAGAGAGAUGGUAGAGAUGCUUUUCUCAGAUGACCCUGACCUACAGCUAGCAACCACACAGAAAUUCAGGAAGUUACUUUCUAAAGAGCCGAAUCCUCCAAUAGACGAAGUGAUAAACACUCAAGGAGUGGUGGACAGAUUUGUUGAGUUCCUGAAGAGAAGUGAAAAUUGCACACUACAGUUUGAGGCAGCAUGGGCACUGACGAAUAUUGCAUCAGGAACUUCCCAACAGACAAAAAUAGUAAUUGAGGCCGGGGCAGUUCCUAUCUUUAUAGAGCUGUUAAACUCUGACUUUGAGGAUGUUCAAGAGCAGGCUGUCUGGGCAUUGGGGAACAUUGCUGGAGACAGCUCUGUGUGUAGAGAUUAUGUCCUUAACUGCGCUAUCCUUCCUCCCUUGUUAAUGCUCCUUACAAAGUCCACCAGGUUGACAAUGACACGAAAUGCUGUUUGGGCCUUGUCAAACUUGUGCAGAGGAAAGAGUCCACCACCUGAAUUUGAUAAGGUAUCUCCCUGCCUGCCAGUGUUGUCCCGACUAUUAUUCAACAGUGACUCUGACUUGCUGGCAGAUGCGUGCUGGGCUCUUUCCUAUUUAUCAGAUGGCCCCAAUGAGAAAAUUCAAGCAGUUAUUGACUCGGGGGUGUGUCGGCGACUGGUCGAGUUGUUAAUGCACAACGACUACAAAGUGGCCUCUCCAGCAUUGCGAGCGGUCGGCAACAUCGUGACAGGAGAUGACAUCCAGACCCAGGUGAUUCUGAACUGUUCAGCCCUGCCUUGUCUCCUUCAUUUAUUAAGUAGUCCCAAGGAGUCCAUCAGGAAAGAAGCCUGCUGGACCAUAUCUAACAUCACAGCAGGAAACAGAGCACAAAUACAGGCAGUCAUAGAUGCAAACAUCUUCCCUGUGCUGAUAGAAAUCUUACAGAAAGCAGAAUUCCGUACAAGGAAGGAGGCGGCGUGGGCUAUCACAAAUGCAACGUCAGGAGGAACUCCUGAGCAGAUCAGAUACCUGGUCAACCUGGGUUGCAUCAAGCCUCUUUGUGACCUCCUUACUGUCAUGGACUCCAAGAUUGUUCAGGUGGCAUUGAAUGGCCUGGAGAACAUCCUGAGGCUUGGAGAGCAGGAGGCCAACCAGAGUGGGACGGGCAUCAACCCGUACUGCAGCAUGAUAGAAGAGGCUUACGGCUUGGAUAAGAUAGAGUUCCUGCAGAGCCACGAGAACCAAGAGAUCUACCAGAAAGCCUUCGACCUGAUUGAGCACUACUUUGGAGUAGAGGAUGACUCUGCUUUAGCUCCCCAGGUAGAUGAGAACCAGCAGCAAUUCAUCUUCCAGCAGUCUGAAGCCCCUAUGGAAGGCUUCCAGCUAUAAUGUGCCCCAGGCAAAAAGACCACCACAAAUUUGCCAGAAAGCAACUGGGAGAAGUUGAUUGUCCCAUUCCUCCUUGCAGACGGAAGGCUGAACACUCACUCCACCUGUUAGGAAACAAUUCUUCCUUCAAACAACUAGAAAGAGUGCUUUAUCCUCAUGAAGAAAAUGGGAUGUCUUGCACGUUUUUUUCUUUUUGCUGCUGCAUACGUGUCUUUAAAGCAGGCAUCUGGGUGGAGGAAGGACACUGAGGUAACAGAUUGCACCUCUUGGGUUUUUUUUCUUUGUGGUGAUCUCUCCCAAAUGUCACUUCUUACCUCGGGUACUUAAUUGAGAUUUCAGCGUUGGGUUGGGUAAGAACAGAAGUAGAAAGUGAGUAUUCUGACAAGAAUAAUUCUGGAAACCUGGGUUGAUCUAUUUAAUUUUUUUGCACAUGUUACUCUUAUUAAAGACUCUAAUUUGCCAAGAGCAAAGUUUAGCCCUGGCCUUUCUGCGCUCCUCUUGCAGCGGACAGUCCUGUCAGAGCUGGGCUGAGUUCCCCAAAACAUGCUGUAAAUGGACGAAGAAGCGAGAGGCUUCUGGGGGAAGGAUCCUUCCCCGUGUCUAGAUAUUUUUUUCCCGAAGAACUGCUGUUAGUAUUUACAAGGAUAAAAAGCAACAAGACCCCAAAGCUGGUCACUGCAAAGAGGGCGGGAUACUGGGGUGGUUCUGGAACAGGAAGCACAGCUGCCACGGCACAGGCUUUGCAUUGCUACUGAUGGAAGCUGCAGGACUGCUGAAAUGGUGGAACCCAUCUUCAUCUUUACUUGAAUGCUCUCCAGGGCUGCGUUUUGGGUGCUGUGCUGUGUGCAGAGUGAGCUCAGCAGCACCACGCCUGGGGCUCCAGGUUUACCUCCUGCUCACAGUCGGAACAUGUACAUUUUCCUUCGAGAAAAGAAUCAAAUCUCUGUAUUUUUUAUAUUAUAUAUAGGUAGCUAUUUGUCUAAUUGGGCUCCAGAGAAAACUAUAUAUAAAAUUUCUGUAAUUUAUGUAAAUAGAACACUGUGAGGCAGGUGUGCCUGGAAACGACGGCCCCGAGCUCGCUCCCUCGUCGUCCUGCUGCUUCUCCCGUUCUCUCACGUACUGUACCACGAUGCUCUUCAACCGCUCUGCUGGGCGCCAAGGUUUGCUCCUCACAGCCGCGGGGCUGAGGCCGGGAGGGGUGGGCCGGGCCUGCGUGCCCCUCGCCCCGCGUUGGGUUUGCUGAGUCCGUGACUGUUGAACGAAUAAAAACUUCUGUGCAGAUGA